AGUGUGACUCUGAGUGUGAGAAAGAAACCUGUUGCUUUACUUCGAGAGAGUGAGAGAGACAGAGAAGUGAGCUUAACCUAGGACCUUUGAACUCCUCACUGCCUGUCUGUGUCUGUGUCUCUCUCUUGUUUAGCUCUCUUGCUACAACAUAUACAGAGCCUAUCACAGCAUAACCAACCUAUUAAGAUGUCUAAGUGGGCUGAUCUUCCACAUUUUAUCCUCUCUGAAAUAAUCUGUCGACUAUCUUUCUUUGAUGAUGUCUUCAUUGUUGGUGCUGUCUGCAAGUCGUGGCAAUCAGUUGUUAAUUCAUUGGAGAAACCUCUAUUAAAUGUCCUUGGCUUAUGCUUGCUGAAAGAGAACGAGGCAAUAAAGAAAGGCAGAUACGAAGCUUUUUCAAGUUAUCAGAUGCUAAAACUUACAAUUUCAAGUUGCCUGAGCUUGUUGGAAGAAAAAGCUAUGGAGCAUCUUUGGGAUGGUUGCUCACUAUAGGCACUGAUUUACAGAUUAAUCUCUUUCAUCCAUUGUCUAAACAGCUAAUAGCUCUUCCACCUCAACCUACCUUUUGCUGUCAAUACAAUGGUAAAGUUGAGCGCUUGUAUCUUCGUAAAAACUUUGUUUCUAAGUGUGUUUUGUCAAGGAGUCCGUGGAACUCAAUAACUGAUGAAUAUGAUCGUGAUUGCAUAAUCAUGACAAUCUAUGGUGAAAAAAAAUUAUUGGCCUUCACUAGACCGGGAUAUAAAGCUUGGAUUGAUAUAAAAAGUCCUACUCGAUGUUAUGAUGACAUUGCAUUCUACAAGGGAAAAUUUUAUGUGGUAGAUUGUCAUGGUGAAGUUUUUGUUUGUCGCACUGAUGAUAACCAAAAGCUAGAAUUUAAAGUUAUUGUGCCACGUCCAAAGGGAACCAAGGGUACUACCCAGAAGUAUAUUGUUAUAUCAUCAGGAGCUCUUUUGUUGGUUUCACGAAUGCGAGGUGGUCCUUGUUCUUCACUAGGACACGACCGUAACUAUGAAGAAAAUGAAUUCAAUAAUGAAGACUCCAAAGAUGAUACCAAGGAUGAGGAUGCUUGUGAAGAAGAAUCUGAAGAAGAAGAAGAAGAAGAAGAAGAAGAAGAGGAGGAGGAGGAGGAAGCAAAUAUAGAAGAAUACAUCAAUGAUAAUGCCUAUCUGACAAUUGGGUUCACAGUUCUAAAAUUGAAACGGUGUACUCAAGCAGGAAGCAAAUAUAGAUACAAAUGGGUGAAGGUUCACAGCUUGGGAGAUCAAGCAUUGUUUGUGGGUGAUAACUCUUCAGUGUCUUUGUCUGCAUCAAGCUUCAAUGGGUGCAAAGCUAAUUGUAUCUAUUUUACAGAUGACAAUAAACUAAAUUAUGCGUAUACCUCAAAGGGUGGUGGGAUGACAUAGGUGCAUUUAGAAUGGAACAGAGGAAAAUUGAGCACCCAUACCCUGGUGAAUCCCUCUCUUUCUUUUCUACCCCACUUUGGUAUAUUUAACUUACAUUUAUGCAAUGCAUAUGUUGGUUACAAUCAAAAAAGCUAGCGAAAGUGGGUAAAGUUGUUGGUCUUAAGAUGUGCUUAUGUUUAUUGAACUCCGAAGUUGCAAAACUAGUAAUUUACAUCUAUGCAAUCUAUUUAUUGUAUAAUACUAAUUCUAUUUUAA